AUGUGGGUCCCUGCCAGGAAGACUGCAGUUGGGCUUGACUUGGGGCGGCGGUUGCUCGUGGUCCUCAAGACCACGUCCAAGCCCUCAGAGAAGGCCCAGGCCAUCCGGGUCGUGGACCACGGGGAGCAGCAGAAGGAGGCGCUUCGACGACUCUACGAUGCCCAGGUGCUUUUGCAGUCCUACGAGGAUCAGUUGCAUGCCAAAGAUGAGCAGCUCUACAAGAUCCAGGUCUGCGUAAAGAAGGCGAUCCGCGAGUCGAGCGCCGACUACCUGCGGGAGCCGGAGUUGAUCGAGUCCCUGGGUUUCAGCGAGGAGGAGCUCCAUGCGGAGGGCAUCGCCACAGAGCAGAAGCCCACGGGGAAGAUGGCGCGCUUCGAGGCCAUGCUCGAUCAAAGCUUCGAGAACCAGAAGUGGGAGGAGAAGCAGGACAGGGAGAGGAGGGCCAAGGACCUACAGGCGAAUGGCAGCAGCCUCCCUGCGCUCGAGCCGCAAAGUGACAUGCAGUGGUUCAAGGUGCCCUACUGGAUCAAGGCUGAUGAGGAGACCAGGGAAAUGGUUCAGAAGAUCAAGCAGCAUUUCAUGGACGAGAUGAAUGCGAAGGGCCACUUCGACCACAACGCGUUUCUGGAGCACCUUUGGCAGUGUGGCUUCCAAGUUGCCCAGCACUGGGCGGGAUCGCCGAACGAGGAGUUGGUGAAACAAGCAGAGGCCGCCGAGAAAAAAGCCCGGAGCGUACAGCGUGAAGCACUGCAGGAAACCUCCAUGCUUCGCCAGCACAUCAAGCGUGUGGAGCGCAAGUACAAAGAACUCCAGAGCAAUGCUGCAAAAAUGCAGAAGGCCAUGUCCACCAUGGCCUCCCAGCUCAAAGAGGCUCGCGACACUGCGGCAAUGUUCGGGGUUGAGCUGCCGUCCUCCCCCAGCGAUACGUCCAACCGCCGGCCGUCUGUUUUGAUGGGCUUUGGGCAGCAAGGAAGGUCGCAAGCUCCAGCCGGACAUCUAGCAGUGCCAGGAGCGGGGGCCAAAUCCGAGCGGCGGAUGUCGGUAGCCGGUGCCGAUGGAGGGUUCCAAGUUGGCGGGCUGCCGGAGAUGCCGGCGCCCACCCAGCACCACGGCCAAGGCUUGGUGUCUCCGCUUCAUGCAGACGACACGCUCGAGAUCAUGGCAGACCAGAUGCAGCUAGACGAGAUGGACAACGAGAUCUUCGAGCCGCUGAACCAGUUCGACGAUGACCUGAAGGACCUAAUGAUCGAUUGCAUCACGGAGAAGGUCCGGCGGAUUCUGUCCUUGGACCCCUCCAAGUACAAGAACGGUCGGCUGCCCUUCGGCCUGAAACCUCACAAGGGCAUCGCCUUCGCCGACGACGAGACGGAUCUGGAGGCGGAGUUGGAGCGGAUGCGUGAGCUCUACGAGCGGCUCAAGGAGGAGAACGAGCAGCUGCUGCGCCAGCUCGAGGCGGCUCGGGCAGCGGCCGAGCGCUGGAAGCAGAAAUACCUGGAGCUCCAGAACAAGCCCGCAGAGGUUCAGGAGGAGAAGGUGGUGAUGUCGAGACCGGCAUCCGUGAAGACGACUCCUGAGACGCCGCCGAAAGAGACAGAGCCAACACCGCCUCCAGUAAUCAAGGGGCUCUCCGACGAGGAGGUCAAGAGGUUGCUGGAAGAGCAAGAGAAGGCCUACAAAGCCAAGAUCGCCGCGCUGGAGAAGCGGAUUAAGCAGCUGGAAGACGAACUGGCGAAGCUCAAGGCGGAGAAGGACAAAGCGGAAGCCAAAGCCAAAGAAGCAGCCGAGACCGCGCAGAAGGAACGGGAGCGCCGAGAGACGCUGCAGAAGGAGCAGGAGCAGGGGACGACUCCGCCGGAACCGGCUCCGUCGGAUGCCAACAGCUCGGAAGGCCUUUAG